CCUGCUAACUGGUUUGGAGAAGCGUCAACUGCCACACAGAGAGACAACUGGGAGCAGAAACUAAAAAGAUAAAAAGUGCGAAAAGCGCCGACCACGAUUGGAGCGUGAUGUCUCUUGUAAUCACGAUGACAUCACAAUUCUCCUCGUUCUUGCAUGUAAAGCGAGGUGAGUGGGUACGCACGCGUCAAUGUUGGGAGCGUUUAUUCCAAGAAAAUACUGCGUACAGAGAAUUUUCCUAUGUUCGUUGUCAGCCGAGUUGCGUCCUUUUGUAAUUCGCCAGAAACAGAAGAUCUUUUGAAUUUUUUCCUGCGCUCGUUAAAUCUGAACGAACAAAGAGAGGUACAAGUAGCUGAAAAACAGCUAAUGACACGUUGUGUGCACUCAAAAAUAUCCUGUACUGGUUGUUUUUCCUAAAUUCACAGAAGCCUGCUCAGGGCCAGACAAACUGUGCCGUGAUGAGGGACAUCUUGCGACAGAAGCUAGCCGAGAAGAGAGCCCACCCUGUUAUUGAGUACGAGUCUGAGGUCAGUGAUUCUGAUGAUGGUGCUGUGGUACCGCAGAAGCUGUAUGAUGAACUACAAGAGCGCUAUGCUGCAAUGAAAGCACAAGUACGAGAGCUAAAGUCAAAGGCUAGCUCAUCGCCAAGCAUGAUGGAAGAUCAUUUGAAAGCUAUCAGCACAACUUUAGCACGAGUUGAGGAAAAGAUAGAUCAACACGAAUAUGUAUCCCCUGAAACAACCAUGCUAUCAGAGCCUCCUCUCAAAAAAGCUAACUUUCAGACGGAUGGAGUCACUGUAACCAUCAAUGAAACUGUGUCAAUGCCACUCGAUCAGUGGCUGCACUGUCAAAGAGAGUCUUUUUUUGAGAAAGAGAGUCUUUUUGUGCGGAGCAUGGCACUGGCUUUGUGGGGGAAGGAUACACUCAAGAACAGGUCGACAGAAGGACGGGUGUCGAAUCGGUUGAGAAAGCAACCUGAAGCUACGGCAAAACCCCAACUCUCACCAGAAAAAAUUGGUGUCCUAGAAGACUGCUUUGAGGACUGGCCCGUGAAGCGUGGUGCCAGUGGUCCAUGCUUGAAAGAAAGGUUGAACUCCCUGAAAGGCCACCUGAUUUCAGCUCUACGGGAUGCUGCAAGACCAGCAAAAGACACACCGACCACACCCACAAAUGCCACCUCAUAAGGACCUUAUUUCUGCUGAAGUUUCUGGUUGUCCUCAUAUCUUCGCAGCAGAAGAAGGAUCCCACUGCUGCCUGUGAUGCAGGAGGUCAAGUAAUCACAGCACCUGCACACAGAUCCAGUCCACAGACCUGGACGGCAUACCUAGGCAUAUUUUACAUGUACACUUCAAGUACUGCAAGUUUCAACUCUGCAAUGCAAGACUAUAUCUGUCUGAAUUUAUGACACUGACUUGUACCAGUAAGCUUUGUUUGCGGACAGUACAAUGAUUGGUCCAUGUCUAGUUUAGGUCCGCCACUCGAUUUCAACCUUGAAAUCUCCAUACCUGGAUGUAAUUAUGGAAGGUGCAUCAUA